AUGGCAGACAACAACAACAAUUCAAAGGCAAGGACACAAGCGUCACACAACAAUCAACAUCGGGAGAAAGAAAUCGGAGAGACAGGAAAAUGCCAGAAACUAAAAAUGUCAAGCAUAUUACCUACAAUUGAGAUCGAAGCCCGAGUACCAAAAGCAGCACAUCAAGUGAUAGCAACUUGGUAA